AUGGGGUCAACUGGUAGUGAUGUCGGCUCCUUUGUGCCUGCACUUAUCGUGGUCGACAUGCAGGAAGACUUCUGUCCACCUCUAUCGAGGAGCGAGCCAAGCUCGGGCAUGCUGAUGGUGCACUGCAAUGAUGCUGGCGGGCAUAAACAGAAUGGGUCUCUCGCAGUGCAAGACGGCCGGUCCAUUGCGCCCCUCAUCAACACCCUGCUUUCCCAGCCCGGAUUCGUGGCACGCAUCGCAACCCAAGACUUCCACCCCGCAGACCAUAUCUCCUUCGCCAGCAACCACCCCGCCCCGAACAAUCAGCCCUUUGUGUCUUCCUUUGAAAUGCACAAUCCGGCCCCUGGGCAGGAGACUGAAACCAAGCUGCAGCAGUUGUGGCCCGUUCACUGUGUCGCCAACAGUCCCGGAGCCGCGAUCAUUCCCGAGAUCGACACCGAUCGGAUCGACCGGUUCAUCCAGAAAGGCAAGCACCCACGGGUGGAAAUGUACUCUGCAUUUGCCGAUGCAUUUGGCAAUAUCGAUACCUCGGUCACGGCGCAGUCGGUCAAUGUGGAUAUUGCGUCGGUGCUCCGGGCCAAGGGCGUCACGGAUGUCUUUGUGGUCGGGCUUGCGGGCGACUACUGUGUCAAAUGCACGGCACUCGAUGCGGUGAAGGCCGGCUUCCGAAGCUGGCUUAUCGAGGAAGCCACGAAGUGUGUGGUGCCUUCGGCGUGGGAGCAGACGAAGGCCGAGCUACAAGCUAGCGGCGUGUCGGUCAUCGACGCAGAUGACGCGGCGAAGAAGCUUGCUUGUACUGCAUAG